AUGGGCGAAGUUGAUACGCCUGCUACAAACACCUUGGAACCUACGAAAGAGGCUAAUACGAUUCGUGAAGUGGAAGAUUCUGACUACAACUUUGAAGACACGCCAACGAGAGAUUCGGUGAAGAAUUGGCUUUGGGGACCAACGCCUGAUUUGAAGCUUCCUGACUUUAAGCUUGAUGAAAACUCGUUUGGUUCGCCUUUUCUCAAGUACAAGUUCAACGACACGCCCAGGUCCAAGCCACCACAGUCCAACAGGUCCAGUAUGAAUCCACCAAAGAGUGAACAAUUGCUAGGCGAAGCUCUUUUCCCUAAACUGUUGGAUCCCUUUGAGAUUGAAAGGAUGGAACAGUAA